UUCACAGUUGAAAGCUAUGGUACAGUGUGAAGUACAGUAGCCUACUUUUAGGCCUAUUUUCAAUUUUCAGUACCAGAAGUCCAUUUUUGAGCCAUUGGGUCCACUGAUACAGAAAUCUAUUAGAUGAUCAGAAAGCUUCUCACAUGUAGAUGUUUCUCUUUGUUUGAACCAGAAUCUAGUUACUUUUAAAAGCUCGAAACCACAGAAAUAUCACUGAUCAAUUCCCAUAAAAACUUUUCUAUCUCGAGCUCAUAAUCACAAGUAAUUUUAGUUGUUUUCUCUGCAUUCUAAUUUUAACAGGUGUUGGUGAAUUCCAAGGUACGUUUCUUAGUAAGUUGUCGAAAGGUACUAUGUAGCCCUUUCCUUUGUUUAAAUCGAAUUGAAGACGAAUCUUCUACGCACUUUCUUGAACCAUAUGCAGCUUUAUCUGUUCAUGGAGUAACAUAACCAAAUGAAACUCGACACGUUGCGGUCUUUAGAAUCCCGCAACCCACAAUGAUGAUAAGAUUCAAUCCAUCUCAGAGUUGAGAUACGAAAAUCCAGCUAUGCCAGCUGCUGAAAGUAGAUGCAACUACUUAACUCGGUUCGACAGUGAAAAGCAUAACUCAUCCUUGUUCCAUUGCCUGUCUGCCUUUACUACUCAACCAGCUGGUCUUUAUGAGGGAGGACUAUUUCGUACCGAUAAUGAAUACCGAAAAGUGAUCGUAACUUCUGAUUUGAUGCGUACAUUAUCCAUCUCGUACCGUUUCGACCUGAAAAUUAGGUCCAAUGAUGCAGCCAUGAGCACUUUCCCAGAAAGUCACUCACAUGGAUAUGCAUUUUCCAUGUACAGUCUCUGUUAUGAAUUUCUGUGAGAGAGAGAGAGAAUUAUUCUAAGUUGAUCAAAGCCAUGUGAAGGGGUCUUCCCAACGACAGUCUUGAAUGCCCCACAAACAGCUCCUUUUUCCCAAAAGAAAAAAAAGCUCUAUAUAUAACAAAUUCCAAAUGAGCCUUCAAACACCAAAUUAGACUUCAUAAUAUAUUCAUCAGUUAACUCCCUUGGCUUCCCCAGCUUGUUCUAUAAGCAACCGUCCAAGAACGACCGGUCUCGUGGUGGUACAUUUAACGUCACCGUCUUUGUCUACGACGAUAGCAAUGGGAAUCCGUUUGCCAUCAUCUCUGAUUCAUCAUGCCAAGCAAAUUCUAAAGAUGCAGUUGGGUUUCCACAGAAAUCAGUUGAAUGUUCCAAGAGGCCAUAUUGCAGUUUAUGUGGGCGAGAUCGAUAUCCAGAGGAAACGUUUUGUCGUUCCGAUAUCUCUCCUAAACCAUCCUUCAUUUAAACAACUUCUCAGCCACGUCGAGGAAGAGUUCGGAUUCCAUCAUCCCCACGGGGGCCUAACUAUUCCUUGCAAAGAAGAUGCCUUCAUAGAUCUUACUUCUAGAUUUCAACACUCUUGAAGGAAGGGAGAACAGAGGCUAUCCACCAUUUUUUUUCUUUUUACAACAUUUUUUUCACCCUUUGUUGGUGUUCUGAUUCAUUCAAAUGUUGUAUCAAAGACAAUUAUAACCUGCUGCUCCUUGUGUAGUGCCAUUUUCAUGGUAAAUUUCCCACAAAGUCAAAAUACAAACAAACCAAUUCAGCAUCA